UAAAAUACAAAAACUAAAGAAAAUAAAAACAAACUUACUUGUUAAAAAGUGUUUAGACAAAAUAAAAUAUGAUAAAUAAAUUGUCUGGUUUGUGAAUUAAAUGAAAUAAACAUAAUAGAACAAUAAUUGGCGCAAAGAACUGGGGCAGGUCACCCUUAUUUUCUUAUCUAUUGUAUUAUUUGCAAUCAAUUAAAACCCAAAACAAACUUCUAAUAAAAAUGGCAUUGACGGUUGUUAAAUAUCGUAAAACAGCUUCUGGCGAAACUACAGCAGCAACUCCAGCGAUAUUAAUAAAAAAGAAAUUGCCGUCAGCAUCUUUAGGAACACAAAUAAAACAAGAGUUAACGGAGGAUAAUACAAAGAAACCUAUAAUAAAAAUUGAAGGUUCUACUGGUUUGGUUAUCAAUAAAAUACCAGCUAUUAUAAAGCCAGCUACUAUGAAACGCGUUGGAGUGGCCAUGGGAGAACCCGCUUUUAAAUCUACAAAAUAUUCUUUACAAACUGUAGCCUCCACGGGCACACCAUUGACCAGUUUUCAAUGGCAACAGACUAUAGGCAAUGCAAAUGCCGCUAAUGCUAAGAAACAACAACAACAGCAACUAGGAGCAGCCAUUAGCUCGCUACCACCGAAUACCAUUAUAAAAGCUACUUCAGCUCCUAACAAUAAUCAAAUCCUACACACCGCUAACGGUACGUCCUCCAUAUUAUCAAAUUCUCUUAAUACAACCGCCUCUACUAUGCAAAUAAGACCACGUCCCACUAUUUUCAUUAAACGUGAAGUACCUAAACGCACCAUACGUACGGUAACACUUGAGCUUAUCGAAAAGAAUCCUCAUAUACAUUUGGGUCUGCAUACUACCCGUUUACCUUUACUUAAAAAUGUCAUUUGUACCCGGGCCAAUAUCACUUUGGUAGAUUGUUAUUUAACUCUAAAGAAAUUAAAACAAAAUGAAGAUUUCUCUUUGCUGGCGGAAUAUUUUGAAUUGACUGAAGGUGAAGUUCAGCAAAUAUUUGCCAAGACAGUGGUUAAAUUAGCACGUUAUUUGCGUUUUCUGAUACGUUGGCCUGAUAGUAAGAAAUACUAUGAUAGGCAUAAAAAUUUACCUUUUGCAUUUAGGCAAAAUCUUUCUCAUGUCCAGUCGUUGAUUGAGUGUGUGGAAACAGAUAUGCCAUCUAGUCCAUUGCAGAUUGAUUGUACAAACUAUAAGUUUAUUUUGAGCAUUAAUACAAAUGGUAAGUAUGAGUGAAUGAUU